AUGAACCCGCGAGUACUUCUCCGCUCUUCGCAGCAUCCUUCAUCAGCAACUGGAGCUCAUCCAUCCCAGCCAGCUCGACAAAUAUUCCGGUCUUCAGUAUCGCAGUCAUUAGUGCAUCGAUUACUACAAAGUGGAUCUGGCGGCCGUGGAGGGACUAGUCCGAGUGUACAGUUUCAGAACUCGUUUUUAUUUGCAAGUGCUGCUGGACCAAAGGCGAGACGAAAAAUAAAUCACCCAAGCGCACCGAAACAAAGAGCUGGAGAAAAGAACGAUGUUGAAUGUAGGAUUAAAGAUAAAGAUGGGGUGGAUGGUGGUAGUGGGAAGGUGGUGAAAAUAGAUGAAAAGAAAGAAGAGAAAUCAGCAUCAAUAUUAGUGGAAACUCCUGAAAAAGAGCAGUUGCCGCUAUAUCCUCAAAAGACCCUAAGUGUGGAUGUCAAAGGAGAACUCCUUGCCGCACCCCUCAUCACGCUGAAGCUCCCCGUUCACAAUAAUGAAUACGUUGUCCUACUCGUCAACCCCAAGAAUACCUUAUCGGCUCUUUCGAGACUCAUCCAAGCCGAGCUACCACCCCUCGCAUCCGACCCAUCUAAGGCACCAAGAGUUACAUUCAAAGCACCCGAAUACAGUCGUAUUGGUUCUGUUAGGCAUAGAUCUACCCGAUGGGGCUCAUCGAUUGAGGUUGGAAAUUUCGUAAAAGAUGCAGUGAGGGAGAAAGAGUUUAUAAUAGAAAUUGAAGACGCGGAGGAUAUAGUCAUUUCUGUCCCUUCUUUUCUGGAACGCAGUCAGACCACUCGGGAUCAGUUGAGAAAAACGACUAAGGAGAUUGAGAUUAUGGGAAGGCUACGAGAGCAGUGCGAUAAGGCUUUGAGAAACAGAGUGAAUAUGGCGAUAGUUGGGAUGGUGGGGUGGUUGGUGGGCGUUUAUUCCCUUAUGCUUAACAGUGGCUUCUUGUGGAGUGUGGCUCCGAAUGUGAUAUUCGCUACUCUUUGGACGACGGUAGCUUCAUGGCUAUAUUUUGGAAUGUUCGGACCGACCACAAGCGAGAACCGGCAAAGGAAGUUAUAUGAAAGCCGCGGAUUCAAUCAAGAACAAUGGGCCAGGCUCGUGGAUGCGGGUAGGAUUCUGAGUAAAGAGGUAUUAGACAUUGCAGAGCAGUACGGCGAAAAAUGGGACGAAAAGAGGGAUUUAAUCAUGAGCUGA